CGUGAGCAAUCCCCUAUCAUGUUUUUGCACCUGGAUGAAGUGGAUCCUUCUCUGCUCUUUUACAUGGGAGCCACGGUGCUCUACGGCGGGACCAUUUUCUAUCGAGCGAAGAAGAACCGACUGGAGAAAAAGACCCCCUUUUGCUGGGGUCUCCUGUUGCUUUUGACCCUGGAAGUCCUCUGCUUUGCUACCUUGAGAAGUGCCCUGGGCUUGGCUCUGUUCUCCCUGGCGUGCCUUGUGUUUUGCUUGUACACUCCUGUGCAAGCAAUGUUGCCCGUCGGUCGUAAGGCAGUUCUGAUUACAGGAACCGACAGUGGGAUCGGCCAUGAGCUGGCCAAGUACCUUGACAGUUUAGGGUUCACUGUCUUUGCCGGCGUCUUAAGUGCAACGGGGCCCGGGGCCAAAAGUCUGAAGGAGACCUGCUCCGAAAGGCUUUCAAUCCUGCAAUUGGACAUCACCAGUUCUGCGCAAAUCAAGGAGGCUUAUCACGAAAUAAGACGGAAGUUGCAACAGGAAGAGCUUUGGGCUGUUAUCAACAAUGCAGGAAUCCUGGGGUUCAUAGCAGACGGAGAACUGCUCCCCAUGAGUUCUUACAAGCAGUGCAUGGAUGUAAAUUUCUUUGGGCCUGUUGAAAUAUCCAAAAUGUUCUUACCAUUGCUCCGGAAAUCCAAGGGAAGGAUUAUUAACGUCUCGAGCCUGGCAGGAGGAAUCCCAAUGCCACGGUUUGCUGCCUAUGGUGCCUCCAAGGCAGCCCUCUCCAUGUUUUCUGGCGUUAUGAGGCAGGAGCUGUCCAUGUGGGGCAUCAAAGUUGCUGUUCUCCACCCAUCAGGCUUCAAAACAUCAAUCGGGGGGAACCCUGAAGACUGGGAAAAGGAAGAACAGAUGAUUCUGGGCAGCCUAGCUCCAGAUGUGAAGAACGAUUAUGGCGAGGAUUACAUCCAUAAUCUGAGGAUGUUCCUCGGUGAGAUGUCUUCAGUUUGCUCAUCUGAUCUCUCACCCGUCUUCUCCGAUGUUCUGCAUGCUUUACUGGCUGAGCGACCAAAAGGUUUAUACACUCCAGGCAAGAAUAGCUACACCUUUCUUCUUGUGUUCUGUUAUUUUCCUCUCUGGUUUUAUGACUUUUUCAUGAGCAAAAUAAUGGGUAACCCUCACAUGCCUCAUGCUCUCCGAACGGCAGAGCGAAAGAAACAGGUCAUACAUUGAGAGUAAGAAGUCUAGGCAUCCUUCAAAAAAUGGACGUCGGAAGUCCCUCGCAUUUUUUAUGGUUCAUGCCCUUUAUUUGAUAAGUUAUUCAGCUUUACACAAUUACACAACCUAAGAAACCAGUAAACAAUAGAUGGAGAUAUGAAUAUAAGUGUAGAUUUUAGAAUGGUACAGAAGGAAGUUUUAACAUUAUCAUAGUGAACAUCUCAUUGAUAAUGCCUUUUAAGGUUCACCUUUGUUUUGAAAUGGAGAUUAACUUUUUCUGGAAUGGUAUUUUGUGUU